AUGCAAGCUGCACAUCUUGUCACAUUCGAAUGCCCUCGGACAAGACUUGCCUUUAUCACAAAUGUGACGCUGCCACUAGCCGAGGCCUCCAUAAGUAAAGCAUCAAUUCCCCUGAUCUUCCAGACAAGCAUCGACCUGAGCACUGAGGAGAUCCCAGAAGACCUUGAGCAAUCUCCAGUAUGCAUAUCUAUCCUCAUUAUUUCUUACGUCUUCGAGGCUAACCAUCAUAGUUCCUACCUCCAAACCAACACAAUGCGUUUCUCCAUCCUCCUCCUCGCUCUGGCUACGGCCGUCAUCGGUGCCCCUCUGGCCAACCUCAACGAGCGCGAUGCCGGCGCCGUUGCCGAGCCCUUCGACGAAAUCACCGUUGCCGCGAUCAACAAAUAG